UGCUGUUUCUUUUGAGUGACAAGGAGCCGACUGGGUAAUCGGAAUGACAAUUGAGUCGAAUACUUUAGUUGACUCAGCUUUUGAUCAAGGUAAUGUCGACUUGAAUUGCUAAAGCACGUAUAGAAACGAGCUUCCUUUUGGCGGUUGCCCAGCGCUUUGGCUGUCCCUUCGGCUGCUUCGAAUCAUAGCAACUUUUGACGACUCCUGGGAAUGUUAGCAAAUAGGUCUUGCUCGAGAACCUAGCCUUGGCCCUUCUGCUACCUCACUUAUACGAAAAAGUGUCGUCAAUGAUUCAAGGCUUGUCAAGUUCUAUCGUAACUGAUAGCUGUAUGAAGCUCAUCAUCUAGGCUAGGGUAUGGGCACACGUAGAGAGACGUUGGAGGCAGAUGCCCAAGCACUAUGGCACGUUUGUUGUGCUUGAGUGGCCCUACAGCCGCGACAAGCGCUGUAAUAGCUAUUUCGAAACCACGAAGAGACUCAGUGUCGGAAACAAAGCCUACGUUGACACGUACGCGAAUAUUAGACGCUGACUUGAUGCAUGUCCUGAAGAGGUUUGGAUUAUCAUCAGGUUCGCGUAAGUAACAUAUAGUCUGAAGUUUGGUGAAACGGCCCAGUCCCUAAUGAAUGGAGACCGGUGUAACGGAAUGAAAGAUGCUGCGGAAUCAAUUCUUCUAUCAAGCGUCUCUGUUGC